AUGGAUACUGAUGAUCAACCCAACCAAGAAAAUCCAGACCAGGUGAACCCAGAUCAUGAACAAGAUGCAAGCCAAGCAAGGUCCUACGAGUGUAUCUUUUGCAAGAGAGGUUUCUCUAAUGCACAAGCACUAGGAGGCCACAUGAAUAUUCAUCGAAAAGACAAAGCCAAGCUCAAGCAAUCCUCAAAUGAAACUCAACAAUCUUUGGACAUCCUAAAGAGAAAUCCCUCGUUUUCUCCAGCUGUUACUAGCCUAAUGGAAUCCAAGUCAAGCAAAGAUGAAAGCUUUAUCAAGUGGCCUUUUAUCGUUGAUAAAGCUGGAAGUGAUCAUGAUGACACUAAGAGGGACAAAAACCUUGUCGGAGAAAUCCAGAAACUAGAAUUUUUUGGCCAAAAAUCAUCCAGUGAUGAAGAUCGUCAAAAACCAAGCAGUCAAGUUCAUGGCACCAGCAAGGAAAGUAAUUCGUCGUCAAGCUCAGAGAUAGACCUUGAGCUUAGACUAGGGCCUGAGCCUCAGGACUCAUCGCCGGGUGAAAUGCUAUUAAUCAAUAUUCCUAUCGUUCUCGGGGAGGAGGCUAGUCAAUAUAAUCGCAAGAGGUAUCAAGCAUAG